GCUCAGCCCUCCAGCCCAGCCUGCGUGUGUCAGGCUGUCAGCAGAGCCGUUUCUCCCAAGAAGAUUUCCAGCCCCCUCCGGGCCAUGAAGAGUCCUAAAUUUAGCCAGUAGACAAGAGGCUGGCCUUGAGCCCAGGGACAGUCGGGCCUUAUAAAGCGCUGGCAGUCAGGGGCCCCCGGCAUGUUCCCCUGGAGGUCUGCACCCACACAUUUCUCCUGCCCAGCCCCUGCCCUCCUGGACAGGGCUCCUGCUGCCCGUGGAUGAGCCACCGGACCUCCUCCUCCUUCAGAGCGGAGAGAAGCUUCCAUUCCUCCUCUUCUUCCUCUUCCUCCUCUUCUUCCUCUGCGGCCUCCCGUGCCCUCCCAGCCCAGGACCCACCCAUGGAGAAGGCCUUGAGCAUGUUUUCGGAGGAUUUCGGCAACUUCAUGCGGCCCCACUCGGAGCCCCUGGCCUUCCCAGCCCGUCCUGGGGGACCAGGCAACAUCAAGACCCUCGGAGAUGCCUAUGAAUUUGCAGUAGACGUGAGGGACUUCUCCCCCGAAGACAUCAUAGUCACCACCUCCAACAACCACAUCGAGGUGCGGGCUGAGAAGCUGGCGGCUGACGGCACAGUCAUGAAUACCUUUGCUCACAAGUGCCAGCUUCCAGAGGAUGUGGACCCUACAUCAGUGACUUCAGCCCUGAGGGAGGAUGGCAGUCUUACCAUCCGGGCACGGCGUCACCCCCACACAGAGCAUGUCCAGCAGACCUUCCGGACGGAAAUAAAAAUCUAAGGACCUCCCUACCCCUGCCUUUCCCCUAUCUCCUCCCCAACUGGCCUGCUGGUGAGGUCACCUCGACCCUAACAACAACCUCCCAGGACAUCUCAAGCCCUGGCUCCAGCACCCCACAUAUACCUUCAGGCCCCAGGUGGGUCAUCCUCCAAACUAGGGUCCCUCCAUUCUGCCCAGGGCAGCCCAGAGAUCUUCACCCAGAUAUGGCCCCACUCUCUCGGUUCAAAAUAAAGGUGUUGAAGUGGGGACUCUGCA